AGCGUGGCGGCGUAAGCCGCCAAAGAGCCUUGUAGUCUAAUGAGUGUUUUCAGCUUCAAUAAAAGUAAGUCGUGGGGUCCGGCUUCCCCUGGCACUACGCUUCCGAGGAGGAUGGCGCUCCCCUAGCCAGCCGCUACUACAGUGCCGGCCCUUACGAAUUUGAUGCUCAAUAAAUCCAAAACUUCAGAAUUUACCGAAAAGAACACGUGCUCAGCUGCACGCCCUGUUAGGAACAAGAACACACACCUGAGGUGCAAAACUGCUGCUACAAAUAAGAACGACAGCAAUGCAGCGGCUGCCAGACAAGAAUACUCGCAGGGGGAGGGAGAGUUGAAACAAAGGGGUCUGAUUCUUGACCGUCACUUCGAGACAAUCAAAGCACACGUGAAGGCGGGCAACUCCGUUGCGAAGGAGCGAUGGGACGCCAUCGAGAGCGCGUGGGGGCUGAAGCAGAACGGUGUCUUCGACGAAGAAGAGUGGGUCACGCAGAUUGACGGCGAAACGCAGGGUAUUACCAGCAGCACCCGCCUGUCCUCUUCAUCCCAACAAGAUGCCGGCAGCGCGCGAGGUGCUACACCGCCGUCUCAGCACCCACCUGCUGCUGCAGGUACCGCGAGGAGAUCUGGAAGGCCGUGGAUCGCGGGAAGCCAGCAAGGGAGAGAGCUGGCAAACGCACUAAAGGCGGCAACAUCUGCAACGCGUUCGCGAUUGGCAGCCGAGGACCGGUGNUACACCGCCGUCUCAGCACCCACCUGCUGCUGCAGGUACCGCGAGGAGAUCUGGAAGGCCGUGGAUCGCGGGAAGCAAGCUAGGGAGAGAGCUGCCAAAGGCACUAAAGGCGGCAACAUCUGCAACGCGUUCGCGAUUGGCAGCCGAGGACCGAUUGAGCGGACUCGCGGUGGAGUGAAAGAGCUCAACGGCGUGCGGCUGCGGCGCAUGUUACGGAAGGAUGUCGGAGGGUGUGUCCUGCCGUGGGAAACAGCUGGGCCUGGGUGUGGUUGGCACGUGAAGUUCGAUCAUGCGACGGGGACGGCUUCGUUUAUCCUCCAUCUCCCUUCGCUAACGAUGAAGACAGUAGCGACGACGAACAAGGUUCGGAGAACGGCAACGAUGAGCCUGAGGGGCGGGCGGAGGAGGGCGAUGGAGGACGUGAGACGCUCAUGGAGGGCGUUCACUCCAGCGAUGAAGACGACGGCGGUAAACAUCUCUCAACCCCAGACCGACGAGCUAACUCUUCUGGACGACGACGACAGCAUGGACCCACAAGACCCGGAGGAUGAGAUACAGGGAAUGGAGAUCCCGGCAGGCUUUCGUAUUCCAGAAGCUAAACCCGUUGCUCUUGACAGAUUGCUUUUGCGGCGUGGAGUGCUCGUUAGGCUGGGCAUGGGGUGGUUUGGACGGCUGAUCACUCAACAAUCUCAGAAGGACACUCGCCACCUGUACGACUACUGUGUGCAGCUGGAGCUAGACCAGAGUACGCGCAAGAUGAAGUUGCCCUUAGACAAGUACAGCGGAGAUUCGGAUGCGGCUGUAGGCGCCUGGGUUUUGCUUGAGAGCAUUAGUAGAUCAGGAAGGGUACGCAGGACCAACGUCACCCUUGUGGACCAAGAAGGUUGACAGUUGCUGCUCCAUGCCUUGGUAUUUUCUUGUAUCGACAGCAGUACUAGUGUUGCUCAUGGUUGACAGCCGACAAUAUAGCAAAUGAUGUUAAAAUACUGUAAGAACAAGAACGCCCCUUUCUGGAGAAGAAUGGACGACGAAAUGAGAACUUGGCAAAUAAGAACUGGUGCUCGGGUUGGGGCAGCCAAUGAGAACUGCGCCUCGCCCAAUACAGGAGGUUCUUAAGUGC